AUGGCCGACAGCGCCCGUCAUAACAACGGUGUCAACGGCGUCAAUGGUGUCAACGGCAUCAAUGGUGUCAAUGGGAAUAAUGGCCUUCAAAGCCCCUGCCGUCCCCGGACGCGCAUCGUCGUUGUUGGAUUGGGCAUGGUGGCUAUGUCGUUCAUGGAGAAACUAAUGCAGCUAGAUGCGAAGCGGAGGGAGUACAGUCUCGUUGUUAUCGGCGAGGAACCGCAUCUCGCAUACAACCGCGUUGGCCUGUCCACCUUCUUCGAGCACCGUGUGGUAGAGAACCUGUAUCUAAACCCGCGAGAAUGGUACUCGUCGCUGGAGGACGAUGGAUUGCUGAAUUACCACGUCAACACACGCGUGGCCGAGAUCCGCCCUGCAGCAAAGAAUGUCGUGACGUCCAUGGGUGUCGUCAUCGCAUACGACAUUUUGGUUUUAGCUACGGGUUCCGAUGCCGUUCUGCCAGCUGCAACGGCCGGCCACGAUAGCCAUGGCGUCUUCGUAUACAGGACAAUUGCCGACCUUGAGAAUAUGAUGCAAUUCGCAAAUGAGCACAAAGGCACCGUCGGCGUUGCUGUCGGCGGUGGUUUGCUUGGGCUCGAGGCUGCGAAGGCAAUGGUAGACCUCAAGUCUUUUGCAUCGGUCAAAGUUGUCGACCGUAACAACUACUUGCUUGCUCGGCAGCUGGACGCCGAUGCCGGCCGGCUAGUCACCGAGGGGGUCCGUAAACUCGGACUAGACGUUUUACACAACAAACGGAUCGCCACCAUAAACACGGAUGCCGACAAAAGCGUGACCGGAAUUACGUUCGAGGACGGCGAGCAGCUAAAUUGCAGCGCUGUCUGUUUCGCGAUUGGUGUGCAGCCACGAGACGAACUGGCGAGCUCGGCUGGGAUCCGGACAGGAGAGCGCAAUGGCGGUUUUAUUAUCGGUGAAGAUCUUCAAACGUCCGUUCCUGAUAUAUUUGCGAUCGGCGACUGCGCAUGCUGGCAGAACCAAACAUUUGGCAUCAUUGCCCCCGGGAUCGAAAUGGCCGAUGUACUUUCCUUCAACCUUACCGAAGGUCGCCUUGGGUCCGGCCAAACGCCACGCAAAUUCGACCGCCCUGAUCUCAGCACGAAGCUCAAGCUCCUUGGUAUUGACGUCGCAAGCUUUGGAGACUUUUUUGCAGAUAGAGACGGACCAAAAUCGGUCCCGAACGGGGGGCUAGGUCCCGAACCAGCGCCCGUCAAGGCUCUCACCUACAAAGAUCCUUUCGGAUCCGUAUACAAGAAAUACCUCUUUACAUCCGACGGAAAGUAUUUGCUGGGUGGUAUGAUGAUUGGUGACACGCGCGACUAUGCCAAGCUCACCCAAAUCGUGCGUACGCAGACAGUUCUAGAGGCGCCGCCAAGCCAGUUCAUCUUAGGUGCCCAAAAAAAUGGUGAAGAUGACGGCUCUGAUCUUACCGACGAUACGCAGGUCUGCUCGUGUCACAACGUGACGAAGGGCGACGUUGUCGAAGCUGUCAAGUCAGGAAAGUGCACAGAUCUGAACGGACUGAAGGCUUGCACGAAGGCGGGCACUGGCUGUGGAGGAUGUAUUCCACUUGUGCAGAGCAUUCUCAACUGGACACUGAAAGAUCUUGGACAAGAUGUUUCCAACCACCUCUGCCCUCACUUUUCCCGGCCGCGUGCCGACCUCUACAACAUCAUCGCUGUCAAGCGCCUCACAACAUUUGAAGCUGUUAUGCGCGAUGCAGGCACAUUCCCAGAGUCACUUGGCUGCGAGAUAUGCAAGCCAACUAUCGGAUCCAUUCUAGCUAGUCUGUUCAAUGAGCCAGUGGUGUCACGACAACACCACGACCUCCAGGACACAAACGACCGCUUCAUGGCCAACAUCCAACGCAACGGAACUUUUUCGGUUGUCCCGCGCGUGCCCGGUGGCGAGAUCACACCGAAGCAGCUGAUCGCCAUGGGCCAAGUUGCCGACAAGUACGGGCUCUACUGCAAGAUCACUGGAGGCCAGCGGAUUGACAUGUUCGGAGCACGGAAACAGGACUUGCUUGCCAUUUGGAGGGAAAUGGUGGAUGCAGGGCUCGAAAGUGGCCAUGCAUAUGCAAAGGCUUUGCGGACAGUCAAGGUAUCGUCUCCCGCCUUUUACACUCUGCUUCAUGGCUACUAA